AUGUACCCCUUUGGAACCCAAGCUGGUUGCUAUCUCAACGAAUGGUACCAAAUCGAAUGCAAAAACGCUACUUAUCCGUUCCUUGUCAAGAUGGGCAUGGAAGUUGUAAAUAUCUCUCUUCCAGGCGACUAUAGUUCCAGUUCAUUCGGAUCAAUUCGUGUGAAAAGCCCGAUAACAUCCGUUGGAUGUUCCAGAAAUGGAAAAGGAUCUGGAUCGGUUUUGAAUUUGACGGGUAGUCCCUUUUUCAUUGGGAGUGGAAACACACUCGUAGCGGUUGGUUGCAACAGCAAGGCGUCAUUAACAAACAUCGAGCCGAGAAAGGUGGAAUGCCAGUUGAAUUGCACUACAAGCAAAGAAACGACGUUCCCUAGCAAUAGCAUCCCUUUUUUCGACAAAACCGGUUGCUCAAACAACACGUUGCCCUAUACUUACACUCCGGUUUGUACAACGAACAAAGGCGUACAAAGAAGCUGCGAUGGUAACGGAUGCUGCCGUGCAAGCCUACCCAAUGAGGCUCAACAGGUGAUCGGUGUCAGAAUAGAGAGCUUUGAUCACAGAAACUCAACACGCCGAAAAUGCAGAGUCGCUUUCUUAACAGAUGAAGUCUACAUGCCAUGGAAUGCAACCAAACCAGAAAGACUAUUUGCUCAACCAUUGGCUAUAGUUAGGAUAGGAUGGGUCAUUCAGACAAAGAAUAGUUCCUUCCUCAACUUGUUGAGUUGCAAGAGCAGAAAAGAGUACGACAGUUCUACGUUUGAUAUUCGUGACCAAACAAGCUGCAUAUGCAACAAUAUCACCAGUUACGGGACCAGUUAUGCAAGUUGUGGAUGCAACCACGGUUUCACUGGCAACCCAUACCUCUUUGAUGGGUGCAAAGAUAUUAACGAGUGCCUAGAACGCAAUCCUGAUGGAAGUCGCCGGUACUGUAGAGAAAGCGACACUUGCGUGAAUCUUCCUGGAAGUUUUGACUGCUUUGGCGAUAAGACUGGAGCAAUAAUGAUAGGAGUAGGUGCAGGUUUUGGCAUCUUAGUGCUAGUUGGUGGAAUAUGGUGGUUUAGAAAGUUUCUAAAGAAUAGAAGAAUGAGUAUGAAGAAAAGAAAGUUCUUCAAACGUAACGGUGGGCUAUUGCUGCAACAACAGCUAAAUACAAGAGAAGGUAACGUCGACAAGACAAGAAUAUUGAGCUCGAGAGAGCUUGAAAAGGCCACUGAGAACUUCAGCGAGAACAGGAUACUUGGACAGGGUGGUCAAGGCACUGUGUACAAGGGAAUGCUGGUCGAUGGUAGAACUGUUGCAGUCAAGAAAUCAAGAGUUGUAGAUGAAGACAAACUGGAGGAGUUUAUCAACGAGGUCGUCAUUUUGUCCCAGAUCAAUCAUAGACAUGUCGUCACUCUCUUGGGGUGUUGUCUUGAGACAGAAGUUCCUGUUCUUGUGUAUGAAUAUAUCCCCAAUGGUAAUCUUUUCCAGCAUAUCCAUGAAGAAUCUGAUGACUACACAAUGAUUUGGGGUGUGCGUCUACGCAUAGCUGUAGACAUCGCAGGAGCUCUUUCCUAUUUACACUCUUAUGCGUGUUCUCCUAUCUAUCAUAGAGAUAUCAAGUCAACAAACAUAAUGCUAGACGAGAAGUAUCGAGCCAAGGUGUCUGAUUUCGGUACUUCAAGAUCAGUAACUGUGGACCAUACUCACUGGACAACGGUUAUCUCAGGUACAGUUGGAUAUGUGGAUCCAGAGUACUACGGUUCUAGCCAGUAUACAGACAAGAGUGAUGUUUACAGCUUUGGAGUCAUCCUCGUUGAGCUUAUUACCGGAGAGAAGCCUGUGAUAACCCUUCCAGAUUCUCAAGAAAUAAGAGGCUUGGCGGAUCAUUUCAGAGCUGCCAUGAAAGAGAACAACUUCUUUGAUAUUAUGGAUGCUCGAAUAAGAGAUGCCUGCAAACUGGAACAAGUAAUGGCAGUAGCAAAUCUGGCGAAGAGAUGUUUGAAUUCCAAGGGAAAGAAGCGUCCAAAUAUGAGACAAGUGUUUACUGAGUUAGACAGGAUCUGUUCAUCUCCAGAGGAUUUAGUGGUGCAGAUUGAAAUUGACGAUGGUGAUGAGGAGGAGGAAGAAGGAAUGGAUGCAACAGACACACCUGAUUUGUGGACCAUCACUGCUCCAAUUGCCACUUCAUAUUCCUCGUCAGAUGUUGAACCAUUGUUUCCUCGUCCCAAAUGA